UCGAUUUGUAAGAGCAGGGCGUUGUUGAAGUUCUUUCUAUGGCGACUGCCUUAUCAUGGAUAGCAGCCCAAGUUCGAUUACCCCCGUUCCUUCGUUAUUCAUGUUCUACCAGGCGGUCAGCAACCGUCGGAGAAAUGGGCCACUAUUUCACUGCUAUGACAAAAAACAGACAGCGCCACUCUGAUAUAGUUGAGGCAGUGUCGACGGCUGAGGAACUUGGAAAUUUCAGAAUUUCUUCUUGUGUCUCCUUAAGAAAUUGGCUCAAUAGUUUGGAUAGCGAUAGCGAUAAGCUCGACAAUUUCCAUAGGCUUGUGAGGGAUGGCGACGUUAGACGACUCUGCCAAAAUGUGUACUUUGGUCGCUUCGAUCAUAAACGCAAAGGUAGCCAUACUUCUGUACGAAGCUCCGAUGGACGGGUUAUGGAAAUCGACAAGAGCGUCGCCGCCGCUGAAUCCGUGGUCUUGAAAGACCUUCUUGAUUCCGUUCGCGGCAUGGUGGUGUGAUCCCGUUGACUAACGUCUCCAGCGAUGUUCUCUCAGAGGUCAUCCUCUUCUUGCAGAAGAAAUGUGAUUUCCAAGAGAUCGUCGACAAAAUUGCCGCCAACUACAAGGGCUGGUCCACGGCCUUCAUCAACCGGAACCGUCCCAUUCUCCGCGAAUUGCAUCAGUCAUCAAAAUUCGAUUAACCCAAUUUUAAGGGAUUAAAUAUGGUCAAUUGAAGUUUGAGGGACUAAAUUGAGUCAAUCGUGUUUGGUAGGCUGCGAAAGAUCUUCAGAUCCCGAGCUUAUUGGCUAUGACAACUCAGGGGCUAGAGCGCCAUGGUGGCUGCCACACCGAGGAGUAUUCGUUCAGCCAAAUGUUCCAUUAUUUCAGUGGUGUGGACAAUAACCGUAGCGGAGAGAUUCUAGAGGAAUUGGACCGCGCUAAGUUAUCAGGAGGCAGUGUUGUUGCCUGUAAAGGCUUUAGGGACUGGUUCACUCAAACAGGAGAUUUUGGCAAGAGUCGUCUCGAGGAAUUCCAGGCUCUCAUGAUGUCCACUGACUUUAGGAAUAUCUGCCUUUCUCUUUACUGUGGUGACUACCGUCAUCAAGAGUUGAACCAUGUUUCCCUUAGAAGUUCUGAUGGAAAGGUCUUAGAGAUGUUUAUGCCUGUUGCCGUUAAUCAAUCGCUGUUCUUGAGAAAACUUGUUGGAUACAAUGGGAAUUCUGAGAACAUCAAUGUGAGCUGCACUGGCCAUGUUCUCUCUCAGGUCAUCGACUUCUGUCAGAAGACAUAUGAUUUCCUUGAGAUACAUGAUUUCCACCCUUUCGAGGAGGGCCUUCCGAUUGUGGACCAUUUCAAAGGUUGGAUGACAGAAUUCCUCAAGCGUAACCGAUGCAUUCUCCCACAUUUGGAUACAGUUGCGGACUUUCUCGACAUACCAAGCCUCUUGGUUGUGACAACUGAGGAAGUGGCAGACCUGGCGGCAAGGAUCCUUGACAAGACAUCGAUUUGGUGUGAGAAAUUAUCAUUUUCGCGAAUGCUCUCAUCCCUUUAUGUUAGAGUCACAGAGUAGGGUCGGCCAUCAAGUGGGAAAUUGGUUUGCUAGCUGUUGUUAAUCAAAGGAAUUGUUGAUUGCUCGUUCACCAUUUUUAUGUUAGCUUUCUUGGUGAACUUCAGUUUGUUUCCUAUUUGAAGGUUGUAGAAACAAUUGAUGAUGAACCCAUUUGGAUCUGCUAUGGAGCAUUACUCUCUAAACCAUUAUGUAUAAGUAUAUGAUUUUGAUGGAACUUAGUUGAUUUUUGCA